AUGUCCAGAGUGUCCUACCCUACCUUUCCUCAAUGGACUGAGUUCCCUCGACUUGAGGAACUAGUUCUUGACCGUGCGUUCAAACCUCAAUUUCAUCCCCUUCCCCGCAAGCAUCCAUUACGGAAGAUCGUGACGCAGUCGUGGAGCAUAGCAGAUAUAGAGUCCUGGAUGGAUUCUGACAAUUUACGCGAGAUUGGUCUGCUGUACAGCUGUCCAGCCUCCAACCUAGCAGAUGAAGGAGAUAGUAUGACAGAGCAAGAAAUUGAUAAAUUAUUUGAAAAGGCAGAUAUGCGGGGC